AUGGUUCAAUUCAACAAUGUUCCGGUAGUGGGCCGUAAUGGAUACAUUGAAGCCGAUACUGCAUUCCAUAACGACAUUUCUCCUGUAAAAGUAGAUCUUGUCUUUGGAACUUUCAGAUCAGAAGAUACUAGUCAGUAUUUAUUACCUGUGGUUAAGAGAGCAGAAAACAUGGUCGUAAAUGACACUUCGAGUCACGAUUACUUAUCACCGACAGGAAUUGAAGGUUUUACAAAAUCAGCAAGCAGCUUAUUGUUAGGGGAUAUUGAUCAACUGUGGAAAGAAGGAAUGGUAUUUGGUGUUCAAUGUAUUGGUGGAGCCGGAGCUUUGAAAAUCGGUGCCGAAUUCUUAUCGCGGUAUAUGAAUUGCACAACUGUUUAUUAUCCUGACCCAUCAUAUGAAAUACACGGAACCAUAUUCGAGUUUAGUGGAUUUCAAAACACGUUUGAAUAUCGUUACCUGAAUAGAGAAACUAAAGCAAUUGAUUUUGAUGGACUUUGUGAGGAUAUUUCUAAUGCGUCCGUUGAUUCUGUCGUAAUAUUGCAUGCAUGUGGUCAUAAUCCAACUGGUUUAGAUCUGACUAAAGAUCAAUGGAUAAUCAUUGCUGAAAUUAUGAAAGAACGUAAAUUGAUACCAUUCUUCGACAUUGCGUAUCAAGGAAUGGCGUCUGGAGAUACUGAAGAAGACGCCUGGGCGAUUCGUUAUUUCCAUAGUGAAGGGAUCCAAUUUCUAUGCGCACAAUCAUUUUCCAAGAUGUUCACUAUGUAUAACGAACGAGUUGGCAACUUGAUGGUUGUACUCAAAUCUGGUUUUAACAGCGAUAGUCUCAAGAUCCACUUCGAGAGAAUCGUCAGGAGUCUUUACUCUAAUCCUCCAAACCACGGUGCUAGGACCGUUUACCAAAUAUUAUCCAAUCCUGAAUUAUAUAAAGAAUGGUCAAGCAGUUUCAAAUCUAUGGUCGUUCGGAUUAUAGAAAUAAGAAGAGCUUUCCGUAAAGCUCUCGAGGAAGAAGGUGCUCCUGGAAAGUGGAAUCAUAUAACAGAUCAAAAAGGGAUGUUUAUAUUGUUACUAUUGACAGAUAGUCAAGUGGAGUACUUGAGAUAUUUUCAUCACAUUUAUAUGGUAAAAAGUGGACGGAUAAAUGUUACUGGAUUGAAUUUCACAAAUAUAAGUUAUGUUGCUAAAGCGAUUAAUGAUACAUUAAGGAAAAACAUAUAA